AUGCACCUGAAUGUUUAUGGGGCCUGCAAUGUCCACACAACGAGUCGGAGCGAUUGCCACAAAGGAAGAUUAGCACACUAUCUAUGUGGUAAGAUUGGUUUUAGCGCAAAUGUACCAUGCUACGCCCAGAUUAAGCUGAAAAUCUGCGUGGUUCGGACUAGUUUUGUUUUUUAUCUCCUGUUCGCAACAUUUCUAGCUUUGAUUGGUAUCUGUUAUUAUCCACAUUGUGCUUUAAUCUCUUCAAUGAACAGUUUUGAUGCCCGCAAUCUAUGCAGUGAUCUCCCAUCCGUGUCUUUAAUUAAAAAAUGUGUGGGCGCACCCCUAUGA